UUUGGUUUGGACUUAGACUUUGGUUAUUUGUGCCUUGUUUAUGUUUGUAUUGUCGUUUUAUGUAAAGAAAUAAAGCCAGCCCGGGCCCACAGUGGCAAUAACUAAUUUAUGUUAAUGCUGUUCCUUUAAUUCUAUUGUCUUUAAAAUGCCUACUUGGAAUCAGAUCCAAUCUCAAUUAAGGAGCCCAAAUAACCCGGUUGUGUUUUUUGACAUUAGUGUCGGGGCAACGGAAAUUGGAAGAAUGGUAAUGGAGUUAUUUGCAGAUGUGGUACCAAAAACAAGUGAGAACUUCAGACAGUUUUGUACAGGGGAAUACCGCAAAGAUGGAGUCCCUCUUGGUUUCAAAGGAGCGACUUUCCACAGAGUAAUAAAGGAUUUCAUGAUCCAAGGUGGAGAUUUUGUAAAUGGUGAUGGAACCGGAGUAAUGAGUAUUUAUGGAGGGGGAACUUACACAGACGAGAACUUCAUCAUGAAACACGAUGCUCCAGGUCUACUCUCAAUGGCAAACAGUGGUAAAGACACAAAUGGUUGUCAGUUUUUCAUAACGUGUGCAAAGUGUAAUUUCCUUGAUGGAAAACAUGUUGUGUUUGGACGUGUAAUUGAUGGACUUCUUGUGAUGCGAAAGAUUGAAAAUGUUCCGACAGGACCAAACAAUAAACCUAAGAUACCGGUUGUAAUAUCACAGUGUGGUCAAAUGUAAUAUUAUAUUUUAUAUUUU